CCUCCAGUCCCCAGUGGCGCACAUGGAAUGACAUUGACGAUGAAACCACAAACACCGUAACGACUCUUAUAACAAACUCUGCAACACCUUUCGUCAAUUUGGCAAAGAGCCUUCCAUUUCUGGCAAUGCACCCUUCUCUUUGAAUACCCACCACCCACACCCUCUUUAAUCAAACUAGUUCCAUUUCCAUUCCCUUCUCCCUUUCUUUAUUACCCAACUAGCUAUUCACAAGAAAGAAGGAAGGAUCUAGAAACAGGUAGGUUAAGAGAUGGCUCGAGGGAAGAUCCAGAUCAAGAGGAUAGAGAACACUACCAACAGACAGGUCACAUACUCCAAACGACGCAACGGACUUUUCAAGAAGGCCAAUGAGCUCACCGUUCUCUGCGAUGCUAAGGUUUCUAUAAUCAUGUUCUCUAGCACUGGCAAACUCCAUGAGUACAUUAGCCCCUCCAUCUCAACUAAGCAGUUCUUCGAUCAGUAUCAGAUGACCGUAGGAAUUGAUCUCUGGAACUCUCACUAUGAGCAUAUGCAAGAAAACUUGAGGAAGCUGAAAGAUGUAAACAGGAAUCUUCGUCAGGAGAUUAGGCAGAGGAUGGGAGAUUGUCUGAACGAUCUGGGCAUAGAAGAGCUUAAACUCCUUGAGGAAGAAAUGGACAAGGCUUCUAAGGUUAUUCGCGAGCGUAAGUACAAGAUGAUCACAAAUCAGAUUGACCAGCACAGGAAGAAGUUUAACAACGAGAAAGAAGUGCACAACAGACUCCUGCGUGAUUUAGAUGCAAGAGCAGAAGAUCCACGUUAUGGAUUGGUGGAUAAUGGAGAGUAUGAAUCUGUCAUAGGAUUCUCAAAUUUAGGUCCUCGCGUGUUUGCAUUGAGCCUACAACCUAGCCAUCCUAAUGCACAUAGUGGAGGAACAGCAGCCUCUGAUCUUACCACUUACCCUUUACUUUUCUAGUAAGCAAUAUCAAAGCUCAGCUCUCGCAUCAACAAAAGGAAAUACUACCAUGUUCCUUCACUUCCCAAUAAAUUAUUAAAUGACUGCUGAAAUUUAUGUUAUUACUAUUCUGUUUAAUUAAACAAUGCACAUGCCCAUGCAGUUAAGUGUGUAUCCAUAGAACACUACAUACUGUAUGUCACGAAUCUUUAUGUUCCAAGGUAAGCUCAUGGGUGAUGAAUUAUA